AUGGCAGCAAAUGGAGGGUGGAAACUUCACCAAAUGGAUGUUAAAAAUGCAUUUUUACAUGGGAUUUUGAAUGAAGAGGUUUAUAUGACUCAGCCACAAGGUUUUGAAAGCUCAACUUGUCCAUCCUCGUAUGUCUGCAAGUUACAUAAAUCUCUUUAUGGUCUUAAGCAAGCUCCAAGAGUUUGGAAUGGCAGGUUCACCAAUUUUCUUCCUUCUAUUGGCUUUAAGUUCUCUUAUGUUGAUCCACCUUUAUUUGUCAAGAUUUCUGGACCAUCCAAGGUUUAUCUUCUUCUCUAUGUGGAUGAUAUAAUCAUCAUUGGAAAUAGUGAAACUCUCAUUAUAGAAGUAAAGGCUGCACUUCAAUCAAAAUUUGAUAUGAAGGAUCUUGAAGACCUGCAUUUCUUCUUGGGGUUAGAAAUUAAAUAUCUUUAUGAUGGUCUUUUUAUAUCUCAACAUAAAUAUGCAAAAGAUCUCAUUCAUAAGGCUGGUAUGGAUGACUGUCACUCACAUAUAACUCCAUCUCAAUCAGGAGUUAAGUUACGAAAAGAUGUUGGUGUUCCUCUUGCAAAUUCUGAUGUUUCUCAUUUUAGAAGUUUGGUUGGUUGUCUUCAAUACCUUACCUUCACUCAUCCUGACAUUGCAUAUAGUGUUCAUUCUAUAUGUCAAUUCCUUCAUUGUCCUACUGAAGAUCAUUUGAUAGCAGCUAAACGGAUUAUCAGAUAUGUUAAAGGCACUAUGCAUUAUGAAAUUAAGUUCAAGAGGGGUGAUUUUCAGUCUCAUGCAUUUACUCUUCAAGCCCACAUUCAUGCAUUCUGUGAUGCUGACUGGGCAGGAGAUCCAAAUGACCGGAAAUCAACUACAUGUUUUGUCAUUCUUCUCAAAACUCUCCAAUCUCAUGGUGUAAAAAAGUCAAGGCUGGUACUCUCAAUGUCUGUUGGUCCUGGGCCAAUGAAUUUGUCUACAUAUACUGCUUGCCCUGCACUUGUACCUAAUGGAAAACAAAGGACUUCAAGUUUGGAGGCACCAAUUAUGCUGUUGACUGGUCACCAAAGUGUUAUAUAUGCAAUGAAAUUUAACCCUGUUGGAACAGUCGUAGCAUCGGGUUCUCAUGACAGGGAAAUUUUCUUAUGGAAUGUUCAUGAAUGUGAAAACUUCAUGGUUUUUAAGGGGCACAAGAAUGUUGUGUUGGAUCUUCACUGGACAACUGAUGGGUCUCAAAUAGUAUCAGCCAGUCCAAACAAAAGUGGGGCAUGGGGUGUUGAAACAGGAAAAAGAAUUAAAAAGGUGAUAGAACAUUAUUCAUUUGUAAAUUCUUGUCAUCCUGCUCGGAGAGGACAACCUCUUGUUGUCAACAGAUCUGAUGAUGGAACUACCAAACUAUGGGAUAUGCGUGUGACGGGCGCCAUCCAAACAUACCAACUAACAACUGUCAGCUUCUCAGAUGCAUCAGAUAAGAUCUUUACUAGAGGUAUCGACAAUGAUAUUAAGGUUUGGGACUUGCAGAAGGCUGAGGUACUAAUGACACUUCAAGGACAUCAAGAUAUGAUAACAGGCAUGUCAUUGAGUCAUGAUGGCUCUUAUCUUCUGACUAAUGGAAUGGACUACAAGCUAUGCAUUUAGGAUAUGCGCCCGUAUGCACCACAAAAUCGUGGUGUGAAGAUAGGAACUAUGGAAGGGCAUCAACACAACUUUAAAAAGAAUUAGUUAAAAUGCAGCUGGUCACCUGAUGGAAGCAAGGUCACGAGUACGAACGGCAGUUCUCAUAGGAUGGUCUACAUAUGGGGUACUACUUCUCAACACAUCUUGUUUAUGCUGCCAUGCCACACUAGAUCUGUUAAUGAGUCUGUAUGCCACCCCACCGAGCCCAUCAUUGGAUCUUGCAGUAGUGAUAAGUAUAUAUAUAACUAG